AUGUCCUCAUUGUACUGCAACAUUACUAUGGCUAAUAUGCCUUAUCCUGAUGCACCACAACUGCUGCAAGGGACGACAUUGUUAGGUGCAAUAAACAACUGGAGAGGAAAUUUCUUACUGUGGGCUGAAAAUUUCAUUAUUCUCCUGUUUUUAACUGUAACACAAGUGGAAUAUUAUUACAUCAUACUGAAUAUAAAGAAGAAUGCUUUUAUUAAGAUUGAGGAGUUGUACAAAAUUUUGGAGCAUAAUUGGAAUUCUGUGAAUAAUUACAACGAAAAAGCUAUUAUGAUAAAAUAUUCCAAAAUUGGAUUACGUUACGUACAUAUUAUGUUAGGCUUUUGGAUUAUGGGCUUUAUAAUAGCUGUUCUGUCAUCUUUAUUACCAGUAUAUUUAGACAUGAUUGCACCAUUAAAUGAGCCUCGACCAAGAAUUGCGUUUUUAAGAGUCAAUAUCAUUACUGAUCCAAACGAAAAUUAUUUCAUGCACUACUUUGCGUGUUUGGUACUCAUGAUUGUUGCUGAUUAUAUCACAAUAUGUAUUGUCUUCGGUUUUUUAAUUUUCGUAUAUCAGAUUUUUGGAAUAUUCAACAUUAUUAAGUACCGUUUACGAUUGGCAACAACGGAACUUGCAGAGAAAAAAGAAGAAUCCUAUGACAUGAUUAUUUCUGCUGUAAAAUUACAUCAAGAUUGUUUAAAGUAA